GUAUGGAUAGAGCAGGCUGUGCAGGCACAAGUUACAGAGAAGAUGCUGGCCCUGAACCUCUAUCUGCUCUUGUGGGUAUUUGGCUGCUUUCAUUUUAUAGAUGCUGAGACCAUAACUGCAUCUCUCACUAGAGGCGGCCCAGCAGCUUCAAAUGUGUUGACUUUAAUUACAUCAACUCCCAGACCCUCAAAGCAGACAACAAAAGGCCAUCUGUCCAGGCCAGCUGAUGGAAAAUCAAAAUCGGCAUCAACAUCAGCUGGUGCUUCGAAACAAGUGCCCUCUACAACCAUCACCUCUGACUGGAGCACAAGACCUUCCCUCCCAGACCCUGCCCCAACGGAGGAGAAAUCAGCUCUGACGGUGGCAGCGUUUGGUGUCAUCAGCUUCAUAGUCAUUCUGGUAGUUGUUGUUAUCGUCCUGGCCAGCGUAGUCAGUCUGAGAUUCAAGUGUAACCGUUCCAAAGAUGCAGAAGAUAAACAGAAGCCAGAGAGCUCCAUGGUAUCUGAAAGCAGUUGCUCUCCUGCUGCAGCCAAGGACAGCAUCACUCUGAUCUCCAUGAAGAACUUAAGCAUGAACAACAGUACAAGUUACCCCUCUUCAGAAAAGGUGUUAUGAAGACAGUGACAUGACAGGAGCCAUGAGGAAACACUACUAGCUAAUCAGCACUGACUUUCUAUUUUGGCAGGGGGAGGCAUUUCCUUUAUAAGUUAUUACAUCCUUUCCAAUCAAUAUAUCUACUCUAAAAUCAAGCUCAGUAACCCGAUGUGGGUCAUAAGAGUUUUCUCCAGCUGGAGCCAGCCACUCCUAAUAUUUGAUGUUCUCAUAUAUUUCUGACAGGCACACCAAUUUCAGUGUGUUCUAGCAGCUCCUACGGGUAGAAGAACCAAACCUACAACUUCACUGAUGACACAAACCACUCCUUUAAUGACCCUUUGGCAUCUGUGGCAGACAAUCAUUGGCUUGCCCCACAGCUGAUCACAAACAUCCCAGUUCAGCUUUGCACUGAAAGGCAUGAUCCAAAGCCCAUUGAAACAAACAGAAAGACUCCCAUUAACUUCAGUAGGUGUGGAUCAGGCCUGAAGUCAAUGCUUAAGUGCUUUGCUGAAUUGAGGCAUUAUUGCUGAUAGGAAAAUUGAGGCACGGAGAGGGGCUAUCUAAAGCAGGGAUGAUAUUUACCUACCUCACAGGGGUGUUGUGAGGCUACAUUAAUUAAUGCCUGGAAAGCAGUUGGAGAUCCAUGAAUGAAAGCUGCUGGAGAAGUGCAAAGUAUUUUAAUUAUAAUUUUUAUGAAUUAAACUUCAGCCAGUCAGACAUGUUCCUAUGACUAUAGUAAGCUCCCUGCAGGGAAUAUCCAUAACCCUUCCUUGACGGCAAAUGUGGUCUCUGAGUAUAUGAUGCUUCCAACAGGUCUGUGCUCUGAUCCCUUCUGAAUGGGGACAGCAACAUCUGUUAGAUGAAAUGAUUCAGUUACUUGGAAUAACAGAAGUAAAAUCACUUUAACAGAAUGCAGCCUUUUCUUUGCGGCCAGUCUUUGGUUCCUAACUAACAGCUUCAACAAGCCACCGGGCUUAACACUAUGUCUACAUUUAAAAUGCUACAUGCCACAGCUGCGGCUGCUCCACUGUAGUGGAGACAAUACCUACAACAACUGGAGGGGUUCUUCUGUCACUGUAGUUAAUCCACCUCCCUGAGAGGUGAUAGCAAGGUCAACAGAAGAAUUCUGUCAACCUAGCACUGGCUACAGCUCAACUAGUUUCCUGGGUCAACCUAACUUUUCAGUGUAAACCCAGCCCUCAGGCAGAGAGACACCUUGGCACAUAAUCACUGUACACUGGUGGACCUGAACACCAGCCUGGGACAAUCAAUCAACCACAUGUAAUUACAUUUCAGCCCUUUCUUGAGGGCUCUGUUUAUUCUUCAGCACACAAAAAGAAACAUGAAAUAAUGACACAAGCAACAGUCCUUUUUCUGAGACUGUUCUCUAGUAGCAAAAGGGUCUACUCUCCCCCAGCUUGGGGGGUCUUCUUACUCCUCAGAGCCUUCUGCUACAGCCACCAAAGAGAGUACAAUGAACUCUCUCCUGGGCCCUUAUUGAUAUCCUCCACCUGGGAAUCAGACCCAAUCAUUAGCUACUGUCCAGCUGGGUCAGCUGAUCUGCAGCACCUGCCUCCCUGGCCCAAAAAGGAACAAACCACACCCUUGUUACACUCCCUAUGCAACACAUAACACCAAACAUCAAUGAGAGUUUCUGCCUAGGCAUUUAUACUGUGCUCAUCACUGUGAUGUUUGAGCAGUGGUACCUCAGGUUUAACACAGAUGUUUCUUUGCAACAUGUAUGUGGCCAGACCACCUCCAAAGCUCUGAGCUUUCAAAAGCUAAGCAAUGCUGGGCCAGAGUAUUUUGUAGAUUAGAGUUCUCCAAGGAAGAUGCAAAGUGCUGCAGGAAAUGAUAUCGAUGGGUGCUCCUUCCACCUGCAGUCAGUACUGAAUACUGAGCUAGCAUGCUGGAGGUGGUGUCCUUUAGGCAUGACAUAGAACAGAGAUCCUAGGACACUUUUGGUAAUAGCACAGCUGACCUGUUCAACUUCCCAGCCUCCUGAUAUGGCAGAAUUACAUUGUGCCUACCUCCUACAUUUUCCUAACUUUCAAAUGGAUCUGGGGAUGUUCUACAACAGGGGUCGGCAACCUUUCAGAUAUGGUGUACUGAGCGUUCAUUUAUUCACUCUAAUUUAGGGUUUCGCG